AUGGUUACGGGACCCCCUGUGGAGGGUGCUGGCAACGAGGAAAAAGAACAUUAUGAUUCCACUACCACAUUGUCCGAGCAUCAGCAAGAAGAGCUGAGGAAAAUUGCAUCCCGGCAAUCAGCAGUAUCAACCACCGGAGGCAAACACUCGGAGCAGGGCUUUGGAUCGCAUAUUGACCCCACAAGUCCUCAUUUCGACUUGUCUCAGUGGAUGCGCUAUCAAGUGCAACAAUUUGAAGAAGACAGCAGCGCACGGAAAACAGGGGUUGUUUUUAAAGACGUUACUGUACAGGGAAGGGGAGCUGAAAUCCAAAUCCAACAUACGGUCCUAUCCUCAGUCUAUGCUCCUAUCCUUGGAGGUGCAUUUCGCCGCGGCUCUAACAAAGCCAAGACAAUAUUACACGAUGUUCAUGGACACAUCGAGCAGGGUGAGAUGCUUCUGGUGCUCGGCCGGCCAGGAGCUGGAUGCUCUACCAUGUUGAAAACCAUUUCAGCGGAUACCAACGGACUCGACUUGUCGUCGAGUUCAGUCAUUUCUUACAAUGGCAUUCUACAACACUUGAUGCAGAAAAACUACAAGGGCGAGCUUCUCUACAACCAGGAAGUUGAAAAACACUUCCCCCAUCUAACGGUCGGCGAAACACUCAACUUUGCCGCUGCAGCACGAAUGCCUCGGAUCUUACCGAAUGGAAUGUCGAAACAGGAAUAUAUCAAACAUAUGAGGGAUGUGGUGAUGGCAGUCUUCGGUCUGUCACAUACCGUCAACACGAAAGUUGGUUCUGAUUUUGUCCGAGGCGUCAGUGGGGGUGAGAGGAAGCGAGUAUCCAUUGCAGAAAUGGCCUUGGCUGGCUCGCCACUGUGUUGCUGGGAUAAUGCUACACGCGGCUUAGAUUCUGCGUCUUCUUUAGACUUCGUUAAGGCGCUACGGACCAGCUCGAGGAUUUUUGGCACCACCCAUGUUUCGACCCUUUAUCAGCCCUCGCAAGCAGUAUACCAUUGUUUUGACAAAGUUAUGGUCCUCUACCAAGGGCACGAGAUAUUCUUUGGCCCUACCACAGAGGCAAAACAGUAUUUCGAAGAUAUGGGCUGGUAUUGCCCUGCUAGACAAACAACAGCAGACUUUCUGACUAGUAUUACCAACCCAAGUGAGCGGCGACCACGGGAAGGAUUUGAAGCGAGGGUCCCACGGACCCCCGAGGAGUUUGAGAUGUACUGGAGGAACAGCACCACCUACAAGCGACUAAUGGAUGACAUCUCAAGCUACGAGGUGAAAUUCGGUGCUGAUUGUGGCGCCACCGAAGCAUUCAAGCAGAGUCAUGCCAGGCGUCAGGCUCGGUACGCACGUUCGAGCUCCCCGUAUUUGAUCGAUAUCCCGACACAGAUUGAGAUUUGUGCUUCCCGAUUUUACCAACGCGUCUGGAAUGACAUUCCUUCCACUUUGACUUUAAUGAUUGGACAGGUUGUUUUCUCCAUCAUCAUUGGGUCAUUGUUCUAUGGAAGCGCAUUCGGAACUGAGGACUUCACCUUAAAGAUGUCAGCAUUGUUUUUCGCCAUUUUGCUUAACUCGCUUUUGACCGUCACUGAAAUCCAAAACCUCUAUGCUCAACGACCAAUCGUGGAAAAACAGGCUUCGUAUGCCUUUUACCAUCCAUUCACAGAGGCAUUAGCGGGUGUUUGUGCUGAUAUUCCCAUCAAGGUUGGAUGCAGCCUAAUGUUCAAUAUUGUGUUCUACUUCAUGUGCGGCUUUCGAUACGAGGCUGGUCCAUUCUUUGUUUUCUACCUCUUCGUCACGAUGGCUCUUCUUUGUAUGAGUCAGAUCUUUCGCUCUUUGGCAGCGGCGACUAAGGCAAUCCCUCAGGCACUCGCUGCUGCCGGAGUCAUCCUACUCGCCACUGUCAUCUAUACCGGCUAUCUGCUUCCCCAGCCGAGCAUGCACCCUUGGUUCAAGUGGAUCUCCUAUAUCAAUCCGUUAAUGUAUGCGUUUGAAGCACUGGCCGUCAACGAAUUCCAUGGACGCGACUUCCCCUGCUCGGACCUGGUACCAUUAUACCCCGGACUAAAGAACGGAUCGGGUACCUACUUCAUCUGUGCGGCGAAGGUGCUGUUGCUGGUGAGCUCUAUGUCAGCGGGGAUGACUUUCUCUCCGUGAGCUACGGCUACGAAUACAGCCAUUUGUGGAGGAAUUUUGGCAUCCUCUGUGCUUUCGUCAUUGCCUUCCUCGCCCUGUAUCUGGUACUCACCGAGAUCAAUUCACAAUCUUCUUCAACCGCAGAAAGCCUUGUUUUCCGACAUGGUCGCAUUCCCGUUGCCUUUGAGAAAUCUGCAAAUGACCCCAAGGCCGCUAAUGUCAGCGCAACUCAAGGACAAGAGACGGGUGAUGAAACGGUUAUGCCACCGCAUCACGACACGUUCAUGUGGCGUGAGGUCUGCUAUGAUAUUGAGAUCAAAAAGGAGGAGCGCCGCUUGUUGGAUAAAGACAGUGGAUGGGUAGAGCCCGGCACUCUGACUGCGUUGAUGGGUGUCUCAGGGGCUGGAAAAACAACUCUACUAAACGUCCUCGCCCAACGUACUUCAACAGGAGUCAUCACAGGCGAUAUGCUGGUAAAUGGUUCUCCUCUCACUGCCAGCUUCCAGCGCAGCACAGGAUACGUUCAGCAACAGGACUUGCAUCUUCAUACCGCAACUGUUCGUGAGUCCUUACGGUUUUCGGCCUUGUUGCGUCAACCCAAAUCAGUCCCCGUCCAGGAGAAAUACGACUUUGUGGAAAAGGUAAUUUCUAUGCUCGGAAUGGAAGAAUUUGCAGAAGCAGUGGUCGGAUUUCCGGGCGAAGGGUUGAAUGUCGAGCAACGGAAGCUUCUUACUAUCGGUGUGGAGCUUGCCGCAAAGCCCGCGUUACUCCUGUUCCUGGAUGAGCCAACCUCCGGAUUGGAUAGCCAGUCGUCGUGGACCAUUAUCGCGCUUUUACGUCGGCUCGCGUCCAGUGGACAGGCUAUCCUUUGUACAAUUCACCAGCCAUCAGCCAUGCUGUUUCAACAGUUCGAUCGGUUGCUAUUCCUGGCUAAAGGCGGUCGCACCGUUUACUUUGGUGAUAUUGGACCAAAUUCUCGUACAAUGCUUGAUUACUUCGAACAAAAAGUGCGAGGAGGUGCGAUGACUCGGAGAAUCCAGCCGAAUACAUUCUCGAGAUCGCAGGUGCAGGAGUGAACGGCAAAGCCGAACAGGAUUGGCCAACUGUGUGGAAGGAAAGUCCCGAAUGUACCGAAAUGAUGAAAAUUCUGGAGAAGAGGUGCGCAGCAGUGCGAUACACGGACAAGACCGACAAACAAGCUGAAGCUGAAGGAGCAGAGGACGCCUUCGCGAUGCCUUUCAGGGUUCAGUUUGCUGCCGUUCUCCGCCGGAUUUUUCAACAGUAUUGGCGGUCGCCCGAGUAUAUUUAUGGCAAGCUGGCCUUGGGUAUCCUAUCGGCCCUCUUCGUUGGCUUCUCAUUUUACCUCCCCGGUACCUCUCAACAAGGCUUACAGUCGUCAAUUUUCUCCGUCUUCAUGAUCACGGCAAUAUUUACCGCACUAGUCCAGCAAAUCAUGCCUCAGUUUAUUUUCCAGCGAGACCUUUAUGAAGUCCGGGAACAACCUUCGAAGACAUACCACUGGGCAGCCUUCCUAGGGGCCAAUCUAAUAGCUGAGAUACCCUACCAGAUGUUCGUCGCGAUUCUUGUCUACGCCAGCUUUGUGUACCCCGUAUAUGGCAUUGCGGACUCCCAGCGCCAGGGGAUCAUGCUCCUUCUUAUCAUCCAGUUCUUCAUCUAUGGGUCUACUUUUGCUCACGCUGUGGUUGCCGUCCUGCCUGAUGCCGAGACUGCCGGUCUCAUUGCCACCAUGCUGUUUAACAUGACACUUGUAUUCAACGGUAUUCUUGUUCCUCGUGUCGCUCUUCCUGGAUUCUGGGAUUUCAUGUAUCGCGUCUCCCCAAUGACUUACCUGGUGAAUGCUAUAAUUGCCUCAGGGGUAAGCGGUCGCGCGGUCAACUGUUCCGAGAAGGAAUUAAGUGUGUUCAGCGUUGCUCCAGGUUAUGAUAGCUGCGGGCAAUAUAUGGAGGCCUACCUUGAAGCGGCCGGCACUGCUGCAGGCAAGCUUCUCAACCCGGAGAGCACCGAUCAAUGCAAGUAUUGUACCCUUCAGACGGCAGAUCAGUUUCUGGCGAGUCGGGAUAUAUACUACGACCAGCGUUGGCGGAACUUUGGCCUGCUUUGGGCCUACAUUGCCUUCAAUGCUGCCUUUGCCUUUGCCAUCUACUAUCUCAGCCGGGUGAGGUCAUGGAAGAGAAAGGCCUGA